AUGCAAGAUCCUAACAAAUCAAUCGAAAUUAGUAGUACCUCGGUUUUAGAUCUAAAGGCAGAACUUUUUAAGCAAAAAGAAGAGUUUGAAAAGCAAAAAACAGCAGCAAACAAUCAACCUCUUUCUGCUGUUGCGAGAAAAACAGCAAAGAAACCAGAAAUUUGGGAACGUCAAAAUAAGGGAGUACUUGACCGAUCGAAUCGAGAUGAAUUGGAGAAGAUAGAUGCACCAACAUUGGAGGCCAGUAGAGCCGCCAUGGAGAGAAAAGCCAAAUUGUAUGAUCAUCUUAGAAAAACUGGCAUAAGUGAUGAUAGAUUAGCGGAAGAAGUUUUAGUAGAUUUUGAUCGAAAAAUUUGGGAACAACCAUCGGACGAUAAAUCUACAGAGAAUAAAGGUAAAGGUGAAGAUCCCUGGGUAGAAUAUGUAGAUGAAUUUGGAAGAACACGGUUGGCACGAAAAAGUCAAAUACCCAAAAUUGAAUCACCAGUCACCGGGCCAACAUUACCAAUUGUUGAAGAUGAAUUAAUAUCGGAAGAAACGUUAUUAGAACAAGUUCGGCAGCGUUGGGAAGAAACUGCCAAAGCAGAAUUGAAAAGGGGUGUAGGUCCCAUUCAUUACGAUGAAACGAAAGAGAUUCGCACGAAGGGUGUUGGUUUCUAUCGUUUCUCCAAAGAUGAAGAGGAACGUCAAGAACAAAUGACUGCUUUAAAGGAGUUGCGUCUUGAGACUGAAUUAAAACGAGCAACGCAUCAAACCAUCAAAGAAAAACGAAAAGCACAAUUAGAUGCUAGGAUGGAAAUGAUUUGUGCAAAAAGACAAAAAAGACUAAAAAAACUAACGAAAACCGAGUCGACUUCUAUACAACAAGUCGACAUCACUAAGACAUCAUCUAUAUCGCCAUCUUCACCAAAAACAUUAAUAACAGCUACAUGUUCAACAACGGAAGAGGACACUGCAAGCAAAAUCGUACAAAAACCUUUGAAUAACAUUGACGCUUCUAAUUUAUUAUCAAAUCCUGAACAGGCAGUAAAUGAUUUAUUGUCAAACAUUAGAAGACAAGUAGAACAAAAAAGAAAUGGAAAGGUUUCUUAA